CUCCCAACAGAGGAAAACCCAAGUGAAAGAUCUCUUCUUUUUUACUAUGUCGAGGGAAGGGAAGCCCGUGCCAUGCUAUUCCACAGCUUUCUUGAACUUUCCUCUGCUAUAAACUCUCAAUUCCCACUAACAAUGGAGCAUGAUUUCCAUGGCCGGAGAGCUCAAGAAAGCUGUGGGAGAACAUGUCACUCUCAGGGCUUAGAAAAUUACUCCCAAGGGACAACCAGGAAGCUACCCAAACUGCCAUGGAAUUGAGUGAUGAAAUGGGGAGUUGUGGUUAGUUUUGGU